GGCGCAGCGCCGGCGACGCCAUUUUCGGCCGCAGAGCGGGUGGCGCGAGGCUGCGGAGCGGGUCCCGGGAGAGGAUGCUGUGCGGACGCCGCGGGGGCCACGCUUGCUGCUGAGUGCGGCGCGAGGUCCAGGUGGCCUGGCUCUGCGCGGGUCCGGCCCGUGACAGCGCGAGCGAGCGCGGCGCCGACCGGACGGGGAACCUGAGUUUUACUUGCAGUUUGAUCUUCAUUGAAAGCUGGCCUCAAAACCGCGAAUUCAGUCAUUUGGCAAACACAUGCUCUGUUCCAGGACUGGGACCUUAGGGUGAGGAGGACACAUAACAUUCCUCCUCUCAGGAAGCUUCUGUGUUUCUAGUCUGCCACAUGAACCUAAGUUCUGGGGCCUGUGAGGCAGUUGGUGCAGUGAAUUGAGAUGCAGCGUGUCAAGUGCCAGGAAGAAGCUGACUUGGGUAGAUGAUCAUCUGUCCAUAUCAGCACCAUUGCGGAAUGUAUGACAACAUGUCCACAAUGGUAUACAUAAAGGAAGAGAAGCUGGAGAAGCUGACGCAGGACGAAAUCAUUUCCAAGACAAAGCAGGUGAUCCAGGGACUGGAAGCUCUGAAAAAUGAGCACAACUCCAUUCUGCAGAGCUUGCUGGAGACACUGAAGUGCUUGAAAAAGGAUGAGGAGAGUAACCUGGUGGAGGAGAAGUCCAACAUGAUCCGCAAGUCCCUGGAGAUGCUGGAGCUGGGCCUGAGCGAGGCGCAGGUGAUGAUGGCCCUAUCCAACCACCUGAAUGCUGUGGAGUCGGAGAAACAGAAACUGCGAGCUCAGGUUCGUCGUCUGUGCCAGGAGAACCAGUGGCUGCGGGAUGAACUGGCCAACACCCAGCAGAAGUUACAGAAGAGUGAGCAGUCUGUGGCUCAGCUGGAGGAAGAAAAGAAGCACCUGGAGUUCAUGAACCAGCUCAAGAAGUACGACGAUGACAUCUCUCCCUCGGAGGACAAAGACUCUGAUUCUGCCAAAGAGCCCCUGGAUGACCUCUUCCCAAAUGAUGAGGAUGAUCCAGGCCAAGGAAUCCAACAGCAGCACAGCAGCGCUGCAGCCGCCGCUCAGCAGGGUGGCUACGAGAUCCCAGCACGGUUACGCACGCUCCACAACCUGGUGAUCCAGUAUGCGUCACAGGGGCGCUAUGAGGUGGCAGUGCCACUCUGCAAGCAGGCCCUGGAGGACCUGGAGAAAACAUCAGGCCAUGACCACCCUGACGUGGCCACCAUGCUCAACAUCCUGGCCCUGGUGUACAGGGAUCAGAACAAAUACAAAGAUGCAGCUAAUCUCCUGAACGAUGCCUUGGCUAUCCGUGAGAAAACCCUGGGCAAAGAUCACCCCGCGGUGGCAGCAACGCUCAACAACCUUGCCGUAUUGUACGGUAAACGAGGGAAGUACAAAGAGGCGGAGCCACUGUGUAAACGAGCCCUGGAGAUUAGAGAAAAGGUUCUGGGAAAGGAUCACCCUGAUGUGGCCAAGCAGUUAAAUAACUUGGCCCUGCUAUGCCAGAACCAGGGCAAGUACGAGGAGGUGGAGCACUACUACCAGAGGGCCCUUGAGAUCUACCAGACGAGACUGGGACCCGACGACCCCAACGUGGCCAAGACCAAGAACAACCUGGCCUCCUGUUACCUGAAACAAGGAAAGUUCAAGCAAGCAGAAACACUGUACAAAGAGAUCCUUACUCGUGCACAUGAACGGGAGUUUGGUUCUGUGGAUGAUGAGAACAAGCCAAUUUGGAUGCAUGCUGAAGAGAGAGAAGAGUGCAAGGGAAAGCAGAAGGACGGGACGUCAUUUGGAGAGUAUGGCGGCUGGUACAAGGCCUGCAAAGUUGACAGUCCAACUGUCACAACCACUUUGAAAAACCUGGGAGCACUUUACCGACGUCAGGGGAAGUUUGAAGCUGCAGAAACAUUGGAAGAAGCUGCCAUGAGGUCACGUAAGCAGGGCCUUGACACUGUUCACAAACAGAGAGUGGUCGAAGUGCUGAAUGACCCCGAGAACAUGGAGAGGCGGAGGAGCCGUGAGAGCCUCAAUGUGGACGUGGUCAAGUACGAGAGCGGUCCUGACGGAGGGGAGGAAGUGAGUAUGAGCGUAGAAUGGAAUGGGGAUGGCACUGGAUCUUUAAAACGCAGUGGUUCCUUUAGCAAACUCCGGGCUUCCAUUAGACGCAGCAGUGAGAAGCUGGUUAGGAAGCUGAAGGGAGGAAGUUCACGGGACAGUGAGCCAAGGAACCCUGGCAUGAAGCGUGCCAGUUCUCUGAAUUUUCUUAACGCGGGUGGCAAAACCACAGAAGAUCGUUUCCAAGAACGAAAUAAUUGUCUGGCAGACUCGAGAGUACUGAGCGCCAGCCACACCGACCUAGCCCACUGAGGGCUGAGACAGACCUAGAUAGGAUCCCUGAGAGUAACGGAGCCCUGACACCCUGCAGCCCCAGCAGCCCCUCCAGCUUGCCCUCCUGGUGGGGGCAGGAGUCCUUUCUAGAUGGUGACGUCCACCAACAUCUGGAGGCCGCUACUUAAAAAGCGCUGGGCAGCUAUGCCCAGAAUUCUGUUGCCUGGUCUGCACCUGUGUACAGGAGCUGCUGAUGCCCAGAUCCAGCAGUGCCGUGGCCAGGGAGGCAGACCGGGCUCCAGCUGGCGGCCCUGGCGAGUGUGAUCAGCUGCUGUCGUGGAUGUUCUUGCACUCCUGCCAGCCACUCUGUCGUGACGCUGAAUCUAUUUAAAAACUGAAUAUUAUGAUAACGCUGUUGAGAAUCAGAAACAAACUACUUCCUUUCAGA